AUGUACGACGCCGAGGCCGCCAAGCAGCACGGCGGCGUGGCCGUGGCCGGGGACAAGAUCUGCAAGGGGGUGCUCUGCUUCAAGCAUGCCUUCCUCAUCAUCACGGCUGUCACGUUCGCCGGCGCGCUGGUCUCGCUGGUGCUGGUCUGGAGGACGAGGGGAUUCUACAAGGGGGACAUUUACGCCAAGUUCAAGAUGGCGCCGGCGACAGUUGCGGACGGGAGCAACGGCGGGGUCAAGACGGUGAUGGGAACGGAAGCAUGUGCAGCGCUGGCGGAAGAGGAGGAGAAGAGCAAAAACAAGAAAGAGACCGUUAAUGAGGACUUACACUAACUUGAAUGUUAAACAGUGUUUGGAGACGCUGGAAAUUUGAAACGGUUUGUAUAGAACAAAACUUUGGUAGUUAUAAAAAAUCAUGUACUAAGGUUCCGUUCGAAAACGCAGUAAUUUAUCAGAAUCCUACUCGACUUUUGAACUA